AUGAAGUUCGCUACAGUUUUCGCUCUCUUCGCGACAUCAGCCAUCGCCGCUGACUUUGGCAAGACUUGCAGAGAUGAACACAUCGACGCUGCCACCGAGGUUCUGUCAGCGAGAUGCGACACUGGAGAUGGAAAGGGCACUCUCAAAGACACAUCCCUCAACCUGAAUGACUGCUUCGGAUACCGUGACAACAAGAUUCAGGCCGUCAACCAGGGUCACUUCGGCGACGUCUGCAGUGAUUGUUUUGCGUACCGUCUGCCUGACCCUAUCUAUGAGGUCUUUGGUGUCUUCAGAGUCUGGAUGAACUGCACUUGCGGCUCACCAACAGAGAGCACAAUCAACCUUGACAAGACCAAGGUGACGAACAAGUUCGGCGACUUGGUGUGCGCAUAG